AGUCAAUGGGAAAAAGUAUUUCCGGGUCCAGGAACUGAUACGGAAGUGUAGUACCGCCAUUUGGCCACAACAAAUACUUUCCUCAGAGUCCGGCGCACUUCCUUGGUGCUUGCUUCCAACAGCUGAAUUCUCUCCUGACAAACAGCGGAUUUAGCAGCCACGACAAUGAGGCUGGUGAUUCUGGAGGACUAUGACCUGGCCAGUGAGUGGGCGGCCAAAUACAUCCGCAACAGAAUCAUCCAGUUCAAACCCUCGGCAGAGAGGUACUUCACCCUGGGCCUACCUACAGGGAGCACUCCCUAUGGCUGUUACCAGAAGUUAAUAGAAUACUACAGAAGUGGAGAUAUUUCAUUCAAAUAUGUGAAGACCUUCAACAUGGAUGAAUAUGUAGGCCUGCCUCGGGCUCAUCCAGAGAGCUAUCACUCUUAUAUGUGGAACAACUUCUUCAAGCACAUCGACAUUGAUCCCGCCCACGCUCACGUCCUGGACGGGAACGUGGAGGACCUGGAGGCUGAGUGCCAGGCGUACGAGCAGAAGAUCAGCGAGGCGGGGGGCAUCGAGCUGUUCGUAGGAGGUAUCGGCCCUGACGGUCACAUAGCGUUCAACGAGCCGGGCUCCAGCCUGGUUUCCAGGACCAGAGUGAAAACGCUGGCCAAGGACACCAUCGUAGCCAACGCCCGUUUCUUUGGCAACGACCUCUCCAAGGUCCCCACCAUGGCUCUGACGGUCGGCGUUGGAACCGUCAUGGGCGCCAAGGAGGUCAGUCACACACUUCAUCUGGUCCUACAAUGUCCUGCAAUAAUUAACCCCAUGUAA